CCUAAUCCAUCGCACCAUGGCAGAUCCCGAACUUGACUUCACCACCGGAGAGUCUGGUGCCUCCGCAACCAUUCCUAUGCAGUGCUCUGCCCUGCGAAAGAAUGGUCACGUGGUGUUAAAGGGACGCCCAUGUAAGAUUGUUGAAAUGUCCACCUCCAAGACCGGAAAGCACGGACACGCCAAGGUUAACAUGGUGGGUAUUGACAUCUUCACCAACAAGAAGUAUGAGGACAUGUGCCCCUCUACCCACAACAUGGACGUGCCCCACAUCAAGAGGAAUGAGUUCCAGCUGUUGAAUAUCACUGAUGGGUUCAUGUCCCUCAUGGGUGACAAUGGUGAUGUGAGGGAGGACCUCCGUGUGCCUGAUUCAGACCUGGGCAAGGAGAUCGAGCAGAAGUUUGCUGCCGGUGAAGAUAUCCUGGUCUCUGUGCUGGCCGCUAUGGGGGAGGAGUGUGCUGUGGCCGUUAAGCAGAUGACCGGUGGCAAAUAGAAAGACCAGACUGGGCUGCCCAGGCAACAAACUCCACCCACAACCAGUCUAGCAUUCUUAUUGGUUCUUCUGUCACUAAAGCGACGGCCUUCAGACAACUUCAAUCAUUCUGUUAUUCCUUUUUUUUUUUUUUUUUUGGUUUUCUCUCUCCGACGCUGUCGGACUGUCCCACCAUUACAGCGGCUUGCUCGCUGUUGGGUGGCAUUCUGCCGGAUCACUGAGGUUUAGUUAUACAUAAUCUACUAUAUAAAGAAAAAUACUUUAAAAAAUAUAGAUUUUCUUUUUUGACUUCCUCAUUCCUGUUUAUUUUUGCCUUUGAGAUGUUUUGGUCUUGCCACAUACAUUCCAGAAUGUUUAAAAUAAUGAUGGGAUCCA